UACAAGUUAAUGUUCCUCGUCUACGGGGAAAAAAAAAAAAACCAACACAGGAAGCUUUCAAGAGCCACAGAACACAGAGCAUUCAUGGCGAGGAGCGGCACCCUCUCCGUACACCUCCUCCUGGUGAUUUCUCUAUCGGCGGUCUUUGUGGCGACUGGUGGGAGACUGCUGCCUCUGCUGCAGGGUUACGAGAAGGCGGGAUUCAGCAGGUCGUUUCAUCGGAUUUACGAUACUUCCAAGUAUGGGAUUUUCCAGCUCAACAAUGGCUUGGCUCGAACUCCUCAGAUGGGAUGGAAUAGCUGGAAUUUCUUUGCCUGCAAUAUCAACGAAACGGUCAUCAAGGAAACAGCUGACGCACUUGUUUCAACUGGACUGGCAAAAUUAGGUUAUGUGUACGUCAAUAUAGAUGACUGCUGGUCUACUCCCAAACGAAAUGCUAAGGGCAAAUUGGUAGCUGAUCCGAAAACCUUUCCCUCAGGAAUUAAAACCCUUGCAGACUACGUCCACAAGAAAGGCCUCAAGCUUGGUAUCUAUUCUGAUGCUGGAAUAUAUACAUGUCAAGUUCGACCAGGAUCACUUUACCAUGAAGAAAACGAUGCAAAGCAGUUCGCUUCUUGGGGUGUUGAUUAUUUGAAAUACGACAACUGCUAUAAUCUGGGCAUCAAACCAAUAGACAGGUAUCCACCGAUGCUAAAGGCGCUAAAUGCAACAGGACGAAAAAUUCUGUACUCUAUGUGCGAAUGGGGGGUUGAUGAUCCUGCCUUGUGGGCAGGCAAGAUUGGGAAUAGUUGGCGUACAACUGAUGAUAUUAAUGAUACAUGGGCAAGCAUGACUACAAUUGCAGAUCUGAAUGACAAGUGGGCAGCCUAUGCAGGACCUGGAGGAUGGAAUGAUCCAGACAUGUUGGAAGUUGGGAACGGAGGCAUGACUUACCAAGAAUAUCGUGCACAUUUCAGCAUCUGGGCUUUGAUGAAGGCUCCUCUAUUAGUUGGUUGUGAUGUUAGAAAUAUGACUGCAGAAACUUAUCAGCUAGUGAGCAAUGCAGAGGUCAUUGCUGUCAACCAAGAUUCCCUUGGGGUUCAAGGAAGGAAGGUUACUGUCUCAGGAUCUAAUGGUUGCUCUCAGAUUUGGGCUGGACCAUUGUCACGACAACGCCUGGUUGUUGCUCUCUGGAAUCGAUGCUCAGAAGCUGUGAAUAUAACAGCCUCAUGGGAAGCACUGGGGCUUGACUCCAGCACGAGUGUGUCUGUAAGAGACUUGUGGCAGCACAAGGAUGUUGCAGAAGAUGUCACUUCCUCGUUUGCUGCACAGGUGGAUGCUCACGACUGUCAUAUGUAUAUACUCACGCCUCAGACAGGGUCUCGCGCUGACAUAUAACUGCUGCUUUAUCUUCCCAUGGGAAAAUGUAGAUAUAGUGUAAUCUGCUUGAGAUGGACUGUGCGAGGGUGUGGUAGAACUGGAGAAUAAAGCAUAUCAUAUUCUGUAUCGCCAGUAUGGUGUGUGACCAUAGUGUCGGGGAAUUUACGUGAGAAAACGGUUGAUCUAUCAUGAUCAUAGUUUAUAAUUGGUAAAAUUAUAAAAAAAAUAUUAAACUUAUUAUA